GGCCUCUCUCUAUCUACUCCUCAUUCAUCUGUUGCAAUAUCAGAAAACCUGAUGGGUCUCCUUUCUUGGUUCAAAGGCAACAAGGAACCUGCUUCGGCCGGCGGCAGUAUCACCACCACCGACAAACCCAAGCCCAUUGUAUCAACAGAAAAAGCAACUGAUGAACUUCCGGACAUGAACGGCGCCGUUGAGGUCUCGCGACCUGCUUCCAACGUUGACGUCACGGUAUUCGAAUUCGGUUCUGUUGCUGCGUCUUCCGAUAAGGUGACUCUUGCCGGCUAUUGCCCUGUUUCUGACGAGCUUGAGCCCUGCCGUUGGGAGAUUUUGCCGGCUAGCGGCUCUGAUGCACCUCAAUUUCGUGUUGUGUUUUGAUGGAGACUUGAGAUUGAUUGUAAGUUGAGUGUUUAAUUUGAGAAUACUUUUGUUUAUUGCGUCGUUUGUUGCAAUUAAUCAAACCCUAGUUAUUUGCGGCGUAGUUGUGUUU